AUGUCACCACGUCUCAAAAUAUCAAAUUAUGUUAUUGAGAGGCUGUCUAAUAUAGACACAAAUGAAAGUACAGGAUGUCUGUACGGCCUCAUGUACGAUGGCACAUUGCUCGUGGUUGGGCUGAGCUUAGAAUUGUUUGAAAAUGAGAAGAACACAUACAGGCAGUUUUUGCUCAACCUCCCCGCCGAGAUAGAAUUAUGUGGCGUUGUGCGAUUUGGUGAAACAUUGACGACUGGAACUACAAUGAAGGAAAUAUUGCAGGAUGUAGAUAUAACAGACAAUCCUCUAGUGAUGAUAGUCAAUGAAAAGAAAGAAAUGAAAACUCACUUUCUGGUCCAUGACAAGUUUGAGGAAACAAAAUAUGAAGUCCUGAGCUCAGAUGAGAUGUGGAAACAGUUCCUCCAUGUGCGCUUGAACACAAUCUUACCACUCAGCUGUGAAGCAACUAUAUCUGGAGUGAAAAAUAUCCUGCAAAACAAAAGGAAAAAGAUUGCUUCUGGCCAAGUCUCAUUCCACGUCGAUGGCACAUCGGUCUAUCUGUUUGGUGUGGCAUCGGAUGUGGGUCUAACUGGAACUAGCACAGAAGCAACCAUUGGGGAACUUGUUGACUCUAUGAGUCCAGAACAGCCCAAGAAAAAGAAGCAUAAUACUAGUAGCAUAGAAAUAGUGCCCAUAAAUCUUGUUUUGAAGACAACAAAAGAUAUAUUGUCAGAUAAACUUGUUAAGACUGCAGUUAAAAUGAUGACUACUCAAAGAAAACCUGCAUUUUGCAUCAGUAUGCCAUUGAGAAUAGACACAUUGGCAAUGAUACACCGUAACACAAAGUUAUUGGAUCUCUAUACAGUCCUUGUGGAGGCUGCCUGCAGGUCACUCAGACUAUUAGAGAGUGUCCUAUUGGAACAAUUAGGUCAAGAAGGUAUCGGAGAUGGUGCUGGGCUACGGUUACCUGAAACCUUCCACUUCCUGCCACAAGAAAUAGGUCAUUUCAUUACUAGGGUAGUACCUAAAGCCAUACCAGAUGAAAGUAUGGAAAAAGAACGGCGAUUGCUACAUGAACAGUUGGGACUGGCCCUAACUAGACCAUUGUUUCGAAGAGGGAAUGCUUACGCUGAUAAAAGUAAUGGGCGUCUAGUGAAUCCUCACGAGGCUAUACCGCAGCAGCCAUCCAAGCCUGAUGUCACUGUAGCUCUAGUACGAGGUCGAUAUACGUAUCACCACUACAUGCAGGACAACUUCAACGACGAUGGGUGGGGUUGCGCUUACCGCUCAAUGCAAACUAUAUUUUCAUGGUUUAGGUACCAAGGAUACACAACCGUUGACAUACCAACCCACAGAGAUAUUCAACAGUGCCUUGUAAACAUUGGUGAUAAGCAGUCUUCAUUCCUAGGUUCAAAGCAAUGGAUAGGGUCCACUGAAGUUAUGUUUUGCUUGGAAACACUGUUAGGCGUACAAUCAAGGAUCAUAUUCGCUAACACUGGAGCAGAGUUACAGAGCUAUGCCCAUGAUCUGGUACAUCACUUCCAGACACAUGGCAGCCCUAUUAUGAUUGGCGGAGGUGUGCUGGCACACACAAUUUUGGGAGUGGAAUUCAACGCUGCAACUAACGACAUUCGCUAUCUAAUCCUAGAUCCUCACUACACAGGCCAAGAAGAUUUGUCCAUUGUUAUCAGUAAGGGAUGGUGUGGUUGGAAGAAUUCAGACUUCUGGAACAAAACUGCUCACUACAACCUCUGUUUACCACAAACAAAACCUGCUAUUUAA